GCCCAGCCUCCUCUCUUGGUUGGCUUGUGCUAGGUCUGUUUACCACGCUGGCUGCAUGCGCCUGUACACCCCACAGAUGAGAGACAUCUGGGCAUCCUCUCUGCUACGGUGCAGCGAAGCAUCGUUGCUUUGGCCCGAAUUCGAGCCAAGUCUGCCAGGUCUGACCGGUGCGGUCCUAUGUGGGGCCUGUCAGCGAACGCUGAGGACCUGGCGAGAGGUGCAGCUCCUCAUUCCACACACAGGAAGUUCAACUGGAAGAGGGAGGCCAAACUCGGGGGGUUGGGCUUAGUGCUACUGCACAGUCGAGAACCCCAGGUCCGCAAACGCGACCUCUUCUCACACCCGGGACCCGCGCACCCGCCGCGAUACCCGGGCCCUGUCUCUUGUCCGAUGGCCAACCCCCGCCUGGAUCCAGAAUCAGAGCUCGACUCGGUGUUCCCUCGGGAAGUCGGACUCUUCGCCGACUUUUACUCGGAGAGUAGCCGGUUUUACUUCUGCGGGCACGUACUAAGCAUCACGCAGAACUUUGGGUCCCGCCUCGGGGUGGCGGCUCGCGUGUGGGACGCGGCUCUAAGUCUGUGCAACUAUUUCGAGAGCCAAAAUGUGGAUUUUCGAGGCAAGAAAGUGAUCGAAUUGGGCGCGGGUACGGGCAUCGUGGGAAUCUUGGCAGCGCUGCAGGGGGGGGAUGUUACCAUCACUGACCUGCCUCUGGUCCUAGAGCAGAUCCAGGGCAACGUCCAGGCUAAUGUGCCAGCUGGAGGCCGGGCCCGGGUCUGCGCUUUGUCCUGGGGGAUUGACCAGCAUGUCUUCCCUGGAGACUAUGACCUGGUGCUGGGGGCAGAUAUCGUGUACCUGGAGCCCACCUUCCCACUGCUGCUGGGGACCCUACAACACCUGUGCGGGCCUCAUGGCACCAUCUAUCUGGCCUCCAAGAUGAGAGAGGAGCAUGGGACAGAGAGCUUCUUUCAGCACCUUCUGCCCCAGCACUUUCAACUGGAGCUGGCCCAGCGGGAUGAGGAUGAGAAUGUCAACAUCUAUAGAGCCAGGCACAGGGAAUCAAGACCUGCUUGACAUCAGCACUCCUGUUUUCAACCCCUUGUCCCAGUGAAGGAACUGAAAUCUCCAAAGCCAUCUCUUCAGAACGAUAAACAUGAGGACCAAAACGGAUCAAUUUCUCUCCCUUCUUUCUUUCUCCCUUCCUUUUUUAUUCCUUAUUACAGGGAGGUGCCUGCUUGGUGAGAAUCCAUUAGUACUGGCAGUGCUGGCUUUUAGAGCACAAAGGAAGUUCCUAGCUCCUGUUCUUAAAAGAGAUUUUUAAGAAUCAGGGAAGUAAAUAGGAUGAUUGAUCAGUGGCUGCAAACUAUCCUUGAUAAUAUCCAGUCCUGCUCUUGUCUAUUGUCUUUUUAUACAGGAUGGACUUUAAAAAAAUUCUAUGGAUUUUUUUCAGUGUUGGGGAUUGAACCUAGGGCCUUCCCUUGCUAGACAAGUGCUCUAUCACUGAGCUACAUCCCCAGUCCUUUUCAAAAUUUAUAUUUUGAGGCAGGGUCUUGCUAAGUUACUCAAGUUGGUAUUGAACUUGCAAUCCUCCUGGCUCAGCCUUUUGAAUACCUCAAUUAUAGUCAUCUACUACCAUGCCCAGCUUUAUGUAAUUUCUUUAUUUUUUCCUGAGAUAGGGUCUUACUGUGUAUUCCAGAUUGGCCUUGAACUCAGUAUGUAGCCCAGGCUGGCCUCAAACUCAUGGCAGUCCUGUUGCCUCUGUUUCCCAAGUGCUGGGAUUACAGGAUUGCAACACCAUACCUGGCUGGAAUUUUUGUGGCUUUUUUGUUGUUGUUUUGUUUUUUGAGACAGGGUCUCACUAUGCAGUUCAGGCUGGCCUUGAAUUUGUGAUUGUCCCUCCUCAGGCUCUUAAGUGCUAUGAUUACAGAUGUGUACCACCACACCUGGUUUGAAAUUUUAAAAAUUAUUACUAACGAUCUCUUUUGAAUCCAACAAACUCAGCUUUUGCUGGGAAGAUGAAGUCUUCAGACUACCUGUUUCCUAUAUAUAGUAAGGAAAUGCUAGUAGGACUUUGGCUCUAAUUUGGUCAAGUCCUAGCUCUGCAGAGCUGCCUUUUGGGCUAUAAUGUCUUCCUUCUUUCCAGAGUUGGAGUCCCGAUCUCAGAACAUAUGCUGUGCAGAACACUGACCCGAGUACUAAGUUUUCAUUUUUGAUUUUUCUUCCCCACUUCCAUCAGUCCUUCCUUUGUAAUUUACCUUCACUUUUUGCCUCUUCUUAUUGUGGAAGCUCUGUCUGGUUGGGGCUUUCUUUACUAAUUGCUUAGCCACAUACCUCCUCUGGACCUCUGCUAUCAUUUUCUCAUUUUCAAGCCAUUCUGCCAACUUUUGCAGUCUUCCAGAGUCAGCUCUUACUGGUUUCCAUUCUAGCAGAAACUAGAACAAGCUCCUCUGCUUGGUAUUCGGUCUGUCCUCAUGUGAGCACAAAUUCUCUCUCAUUCACUUUGUACUCUUCUUACAUGUAUUGGACCUCUGGCCAAGUUACAAAGGCCUGUUUUUCGUUUUCUAAAUCCACAUCAAGGUUCCUGACUUCCUCUCCACUCUUUAUGAUGGUUUCCUGAUGGGAAAGGGUAUGGUAUAUAUCACAAAUCUUCCUUACUCUUUGCCUCUUUCCUGAAAAAAGCUUUUCUGAGCCUCUUGCUUGAAUGUGACUCUCGUUCCCUGACCUUCAACUGUUCAUUUUAUGGGACCUAUCUUGUCUUGGGUGGACAUUUGUCUGAUCCUUAUUUUCCUCACCAUUAGGUUAGCUCAGAGUAUAUGACUGAGGUUUAUUCAUCCCUAAUUCCCUGAGGCCUAGCACAGUUCCUGGCACACAGGUGCUAAGCAGAUAGUUUGUUCAUUCAACAAAUAUUUACUCAGUUUGUUGAAGCGACUCUACCUUUACCUCUCUAGAUCCUAGGCAAUUUUCUAAACCUAUCCACCUACCUCACAAGUUUGUUGUGAGUAAUAAACUGAUACUAAAUACAGAAGCGCAUUGGAAAUAAAGAAACAUAGUGUUACCCA